AUGGCAGUAUAACGUCCUUCAGAGAAACUCAUGCGCAGAGUAGAACGUCAUCAGAGCGCGACAUCAUGGAGCACUAACGAGAAGCUUAUGAAGGGCAGCGAGUUUAUCGACUAAAUAUCACAGUUGAACAUGUGUGUGAAUCUUCUGUCCUCCGCUCUGAGGUCUCUGUCUCUGCUGGGUUCUCGGACCGGACCGUCCCAGAUUGUGAACAGAUCUGUCGGUCCAGCUGUAGACGGCAGAGGUUCACUGACCGUAUGGCGAGACUUCAUCACGAGCGCUUCACAGCAGCAGAACCGCACUCAGUGGAAACAGAGAGAGAAAUACACCAUCCGUCCCAUCGGCAUGAAGAAAACAGGAGGGAGAGAUUACACAGGUAAAGUCAUCAGGCACGGCAUCGGUGGAGGCCACAAACAGAGGUACCGCAUGAUUGACUUUCAGCGUCUGCGCUAUGAACUGGGAAAAGAAGAUCAGCCCAUCGUGGAGAAGGUUGUUGAAGUGAGAUACGAUCCAUGCAGAUCUGCAGACAUCGCUCUGGUCGCUGGUGGAAGCCGCAAGCGCUGGAUUAUUGCUACAGAGAACAUGGAGUCUGGAGACGUUAUCAAGACGUCUGGUACGAUCGGACGCAUAGCGGUUUUAGCUAACGAAGGAGAUUCUCAUCCUCUGGGGGCUCUUCCGGUCGGGACGCUGGUCAAUAAUUUGGAGCUGUACCCUGGAAAGGGAGCACAAUAUAUACGUGCCGCAGGCACGUGUGGCGUUCUGCUUCGUAAGGUAAACGGCACGGCUAUCGUUCAGCUUCCUUCUAAACAUCAGAUUCAAGUUCUGGAGACGUGUGUGGCCACGGUUGGCCGAGUGUCCAAUGUCGACCACAACAAGCGCAUCAUCGGUAAAGCUGGGCGUAACCGCUGGCUGGGCAUCAGACCGUCUAGUGGCUUGUGGAAGAGGAAAGGAGGCUGGGCGGGCCGUAAGAUCAGACCGCUGCCACCCAUGAAGAGCUUCAUCAACCUGCCCUCUGUUGCUGCCAAGUCAUGAUGAUGUCAUCCAUCACCUGACACAAGCACAGAUUGUAUGUAUGUAUGUAUGUAUGUAUGUAUGUAUGUAUGUAUGUAUGUGUGUAUGUAUGUGUGUAUGUGUGUGUUCAUGGAGUCUGUCAGGAAGUCAAAAUCAGAAUAAAACAAACCCAUCAGCAUGA